UAUUCCAUUAUUUUUUUUUUCUGUUUUUUCUCCAAAAAAUUUUAAGUUAUACAAAAUCCAGCCAAAAUCAUUGUUGAUCAACAAAUAAUGGGCGAUCGCGAUUACAGUUUAUGUCCCAGACCUCAAAGGAAGCAAAGAAAAAACAGAUCUCUUGCUGUAUUGAAACCGCCUGUUAGUGCCGUGGAGAGGAAUCGAAAUUUUCUACAAAACUAUGUAAGUUCUUUGCAACUGCCUCCAUGGUAUCGUGGAAUUUCAACAUAUCAGAUGAGGGCUGCAGAAAACUUGGCAUAUGCCAUACUAAAUGACCUCGAUCAAAAGUGCGAGCGUCACACACUUCAUUGUCUAACUGCAAUGGGCUUAGAACCUUUGCCCACCAAAAGUCAAUUACUGACUUUGUUGGCUUUGUGUGGGGGAAGUGACAUUGCCUUUUUGUGGUUUCUGAAGGAGUGGUUAUACGAAAGCCCUAAAGAGGACAACGCUUCGAAGGAGUAUUCGUUAAAUGAGCAGUUAAUAAUGUCUUGCAUUGCACAUUUAGAUAUGGGCGUCACUAUAAGGGAAUUGGAUAAGAUAUUGCCUUUAAGAAAGGAGAAGCUAACGAAAAGUACUACGAAAUUGUCAAAGAAAAAACCAACAAAAUCGAAUGAAAUUGGUUUGAAGCAAAAGCAGGCAAUUGCAGCGGCCCGGAGCGGAGCAUGGCUGGAACGUGAUGGAAGGCGGAGUUGCCGGAGCGAGAUUGAGAUUGCAAGUCAUUCCACUCAGUAUAGAAAACAUUUCACUCCCUCUACGGCAAAAACUGGGCCGCCUUGCUUUAGCUCCGAUCCCUCUUCGGACGCGCUCGGAAUCCCUGAGCAAAAGUGUAGUAAACGUUUUGCGCCCUACUUUGAGAAAGUUAAACCUAUGGUGCAAACUAGAUCUUGGUAUACGGUCCCAGAGCCUGGUCGUACAGCUAAUUUGGGACAAUACCAAUACAAGGCUACAGAAGAUAAUUUUGAAGGGCAACGCUGGUUCAAAGAUUAUCAUAUAAAAUCGUCAAAAGAAAAGAGCGAUGUUUCUCAAAUUUUGAAUAAUUUCAAAGCUGCUAUGAUCAACGAAACCAUGGUUCAAAAAUUAAUUGAACAGCACAAAGAUGUUGAAAAUUUAAACAAAUCCUUUGAAAGGGAAUUGGAAAGAAGUUUUCAUAAAAUUUCCGAAAAGCUGGGAAAUCAAACGGAGAUGACAACUUGCCAAGUUCUUGUGCAACGUCUCCAAUACGACAUAGACAAGUAUCAAAGAGAGUUUCGUAAGAUGGCUGAGAAUCAUCGCAAACAUUGCACUUUGGAUAUUCUCUCCUGUGGUUUAGAUCGAGAGAAAAGUCUUGAGGGGAACUUAAAACCAAUUUGCAGCGAAACCCAUACUCCAAAGACAUCUCUUAUCAGUUGUGGAAAAAUCUCAGAUGAAAGCAAGCAACUUCACAGGGCUACAUUAUCAAGUGGCUGUGUGUUGGGGAAACUAGUGGGGCAUGGCAAGAAUGUAAAGCCUGAAAUGGAAACCCUUUGGCAGUGUGAAGAAACUGAAGAUACUGGCUAUAAUACCAAUGAAAAUCAUCCGCAUACAGAAGAUUGUGGUUGCCUCUUAGGUCAAGGUAAUAGCUGUAGCCGGCAUUGUAUAUGCUGUAAGGGUCGCGCGGAAUCCAGCUCCAGUUUACUUAAGUUCAGAGAAAAAUAUUCCUCCCAAAGUUUCUUUGACAACAACCCUUCAAGUUGUUCAUUAUCCCAGGAAAAAUAUUUUGAGGCCACCACUGCAGAUCAUUGUCAUCGAUUUGAUUAUAGCAAAAUUUUCCAACACAAAGAAAAUAAUUCGCAAAUUAUGGAACUUAAAAUGGCAUUGAUAGAAGCUGUGGACAGUGACAUAGCCCUACUAAGUGAAAUGCAAAGACAAGAGUAUGCAAAUGAAAAUUCUCAGGAAAAGUUAAAUAAAGCCAUAAAUCAGUGUUACCAAAAGCUAGUAAACCAUGAAUUAAACAAAUCUGAAAAUCAUAAUCUUCCCCAUUCUGAUGGCAGACUUAAUUACAACAUGGAUUAUUAUGAUCCCAAUGAUGAUGAGUUAAUGGAUCGCAUGCUGAAAGAUGCCUUGGGUAUCAUGUCAGAGGAUACCCAAUUUGUUUUGCCUUCAAUGCCGGAAGCCCAUUGUUUGCCAUUAUUGAGGGAAUGGAUACGUUUGCGAUAUGGCAAAGUGUACAGGCAAGCUGAACUGAAUAAACUCUGUGAUACUGAUCAGAUGAUAUUCAAAACUUUGACCAAUGUCGGCUUAUCGGUGCAAAUGCCUCGCAAUAGAGAUAUCGGCUUGAAUUUAGAUGUUGAUUAUUCUUGUCGGGAUUAUUUGCUGAAGAAGUCUCAAUCAAUACGCAAAAAAUUCUAUAAGAAUAUCAACAAGGCAUUGAUGGCUCAAGCUCGUGUGCUUUAUUUUGCUAUGCGUCCCUUCCUAUGUGCCAAUGGACCACCUACAAAUACAAUAUUUGCCUAUGUGCCAGCUCGUAAUAAAGAUAUUUGCAACUUUAGACCAUGGAAAUCUACAGAAUUCAAUGAAGAUAAUCGCUUAAUGGCUGUGGAACGUUUGCGUGAGAUUCAAGCCAAAAGACAGAGUUUAUAUUUAUAAGAAGUCAAGUAUGCUGAGCAACCUGAAAAUGAAGCCUAAUAUGGCUGACCAUGGACGAAUGCGCCGCCAAUUGCCACCCGGAGUACCAGUUCCGGAUAUUCCAGUGCCUGGAAUUUAAUUGAAUAACAAUGUAAAAUAAAAGCUAUGUUUAGAUUUUAUUAAAUUUAUUUAGUGUAAAUUGAAUAAAUUGCAACCGUGUGAUAAAAACCAAAA